AAGAGUGGAGGGUCGUCCCGGUUGCUUUUUGCGUUGAGGGAGGACCAAGCGACCAAAGUAACGGUCUGGUAGAUGAAAUCAGAUGAAAAACAGAUGAGAAAGUGUAAUGAGCAAAAGGCCACCAGAGGGGCUUUCUUGUAAUAAAGCCGUUGGUUGUCGCACACACUGGGCGCAGAUGGAGGGCUUAGCAAACGGGACUUUUUGAAAAACGGCCGUCCCAAAAAAAAGCUUUUUUGCCAAGCAAACGAACAAACGACGACAACGAUAACGACGACGACGACGACGACGACGACGAGGAUGAUGAUGGGGAUAGCAGACUGUUGUCUAGAGUCAUAUUCCAACGAUAGCUUCUGAGGUGUUAUUUUCAAUGGAAUUGGCAAUUUCCAAUGGCUUCUUGAACAGUCGUCUUGUCACGUGUGCCAAAGCGAGGCUUUCCUGGGAGGCAAUUCUUUGUUUUCCAAUCGCAAUCGUUCAAAGGAACUGCUGAAUGCGUCCAUUGCAAGUGCUUUAUCCGCUACGGUUUCUAUCAGACAUGGCAUGGCGUUGCAGCGGAACGAGCAACGCCCAACUCGUAUCAAACUUGAAAAGUGAUCUACUUUUGAGCUUGCUGUCCAAGAAACGGGGGACUAGAUUGACCAUACUCUAUACCAGACGCAGGGCUCAUUGCCCAUCCCCGAGUAGAAAGUGUAAAUGCUUUUGAGAGCAACAUUUGGUUGAAAAGAAUUGAAUAGUAGAGCACUGUUGAACAGGCAAUGAUGGCGGUCGAUCGUGGACACUAUGCGGCGAUUAAUCCGUAUCAGGACAGCCCACAAGUGAUUGGACAUGGAGCUACCAUCAGUGCACCGCAUAUGCAUGCAUAUGCAUUGGAAGCAUUAGAGCCUUUUCUUAAACCAGGAUCUCGUGCUCUUGAUGUCGGCAGUGGCUCGGGCUAUCUUGUCGCUUGCAUGGCACACAUGGUUGGACCAACCGGCAAAGUCGUCGGGAUUGAGCAUAUCCCGGAACUUUCGGCGUUGGGUAAAAAGAACAUUGAAAGGGAUCAGCCUGACUAUCUCAAAGGUGGUCAAGUGGAGCUCGUUGUUGGCGACGGACGAGAAGGCCACGCUGCCCAAGGUCCUUACGACGCCAUCCACGUUGGUGCUGCCGCGUAUCCCGUCCCGGACAAGCUGAUUGCGCAGCUGAAAGCCCCUGGGCGUAUGGUCAUCCCGGUCGGCCCAAGCUUUGGCGAACAAGCGCUCUAUCAAUAUGAUAAGGACUCGGAGGGGAAUGUGAAAAAGAAGGAAUUGAUGGGGGUCAUGUAUGUCCCAUUAACGAGUAAAGAAAAUCAGCUAGGCCCUGGGUAAAGAUAUUGUACUAGCCCUUGGUUUUUUGAAUGCAUUCAAUGAAGC